UUUUAUUAUGAAAAGAGGAAACGCGGAACAAGACUUGAGGAAACGGGCGCUUGCGUGCUAACAGCGCAUGUUAGCCACCAAAUCAAACAACAUAAUUUUACGUUAAUAUUUCAACGCUACAGGGGUCGUAUUGCACGAAUGGAGGUUCUUGGGUCAAUAGAGAAAAUAAACGACCCAGGCCUGCCUCUUUCAUCUCUUCGCCUGCUGGUUCCCCCACUGCAGCUUCUGUCUGCAGCUAUGUGGCAGCUGGCGAAGCAGAAAGAUGUGAUGAAUUAUGAGAAGCUCCAGGAGUUUGUGUUCAUGGUGACAGAGGCAGUUCCUGGACUGAUCAACCACAGACAGAGAGCCCAGCUCAUUCUGGGUCUGAGAGCAAGGUUGAUUCUGGAGCUAUGCAAAGGCUCCUCACGAGGCUCUGUUGAUUCUCAAGUGAUCCAGAGUUACUUGGACAGACUCCCGAUAACCUCUGCAAACACAGAUUACAGGGAUGCAGAGGUGAAAACAACAGAGUCCACUUUCAUUGCACUUGUUCAGAGCCUGCUGAAAGAUCCAGUUGAGAGAGCAUACUUCUUCCAGGAGGUGUUCCCAGUGGAAUAUGGGCCUCAAUAUGAUGCAGCUCUGCAUGUGUUAUUGUGGGAGUUGCUCUCAAAGCUGGAAAAGCUACUGCCAGUACCAGACCUUAAACAGACCGCAGCCUGGCUCAGCUCUGCUCCUUCUGUUUUGGAGGAAUGUGUUCAGUCCUCACCUGAAGAGUUGGGUUUGAUCUUCGAGCACUACAAGAGUUCAGGACUACUGAAAAUGCCAUAUGGCCCUUCAUCCACCAUUGGCAGUUGCAUCAUGUCUGCUUUAUCCAUUCCUCCUUCGCAAAAAACAAACAUCUCAGUUGGACUGGAGUCAAUCCAUAACUAUGCCAAUGUACUAAACCCUGUGACUUUUGUCGGAGCGGACCAGUACAGUGUGGUGGCCGUCUACACUGAGGUGGAAGUCGGAGAAUCUGAGGUGGGCGAGGAAAUGAUCGAGUCUGCUGAAGUUCAAGUCCACACAGAUUUCUAUGAGGAGGAGAUUGUGGCUGUAAGUGCAGAUAAUGUCAGUGGUGAGGAGUCUGCCAGCUUGAGGGCAGAAGAAACAAGUGAAACUGUGGAUGUUGCUAAAGCGCUGGAGACUCUGACAAAAACUUUUGCACUAAGGAAGGAGAGCCUCGGUCAAGAUGUGCUGACAGGAAAGAGUAAUGAUUCAUCCCUAAAUAAUGAGUUUGCUACGGAUGAAGGAAAAACAACUGAACAACAUGAAACAAGAGACCAAACUGAUGAUAAAAGAGAAACCAUGGAAGAGGUGAAGGAUGAUUUCCAACCUGGAGGCCUAGAGAGCAGUAUUAGCUCCUCUUGUACAGAACUGAAGGAUAACUAUGAAUCCUUCUCCAGCAAUGAAGAAAUGACAGACGUCUCCUGUGAAGCUCCUGUUCCUGAAGCACAACAGUCUGCCUGCUCGGCGAACAUCCGCAGAUCCUCUCGUAUACAACUGAAGACCUCACCUAGUUGGCAGGAGACGUGUAAAUUCAAGAGAUCAUCGAAGGAGAUUACAGAGGAGCCAAACAUGAGCAAAGCUGGCAUAUCAGUUGCCCCGUCUGUGAUAGCGAUCAAAGGAAUCGACAAAGGUGAUUCUGAUGAAAUGACCUCUAUCAUCUUCACCUGCUCACAGUGUCCCUUCCACAGCUCAGAUGAAAACAGCCCUCCUCACUUCCACAUGCAGAGUAUUCGAACAGAAUUGUACAGGACUCUCUCAGGAGCCAAAUUUACACCAUCUCCCUCCAGCACUGAUGAAAUAUUUACAUCCAUUAAACUUUUCCCGAAAGGAAACGCAGAGCAGAGCAAAGCGGAGCCACCUGAUAAUCCAAGCAAAGUAAAUGUUUCUCAGUCACACGGCAGACAGAAGGCGCUCACAUGUGAAACGUGUGGUAAGACCUUCACCCGCACGUCUGACGUCAGGAGACACCAGCUCACUCACACUGGAGAGAGACCUUUUCAUUGCUCGCAGUGCGACCGAACCUUCCAGCACUCGUGGGAUCUGGCGAAGCACGAGAGCAAACAUCACGGCGUGGCCAUCGCUUUCUCCUGCCAGCUGUGCAGGAGCUCCUUCGCCAACCUCCGCGCAUUAACCGUCCACCACAAGAAGUCUCACUCGCAGGAGAGCCGGCUCCCUCAGAUCUGCUCCAUCUGCAGCCAGAGCUUUGCCACUUCCUCCGAGCUGCUCGAGCACAGGAAGUCCCACGUCUCCAGUAAACGCUACAUCUGCCAGCAGUGCGGAGAAGGCUUCGACUCCCUGCUCGCGCGCUCCCAGCACCGGCAGAUGCAUCAAGUGAAGCAUCAGUUUAAGUGUCCGCACUGUGAGAAGACAUACACUCGAAGGUCUGAUGUGAAGAGGCAUCAGUCCAUUCACACUGGGGAGCGUCCGUACCAGUGCAACCAGUGCAACAAACGGUUCUCGCUCCACUUUAUGCUCAUGAAACACCUCCGUGUUCACACAGGCGAGCGGCCUUUCCAGUGCUCCCACUGCCCAAAGAGGUUCACGCUGGUGUCCGUGCUGGCCAGACACGAGAGGAUGCACACCGGGGAGAAACCUUUCCUCUGCUCCCAGUGUGGGAAGGGUUUUUUGUCUCAGGGAGAGCUUUCGAAACACCACAGGUCACACGUGGACGACAGGCCCUACUCCUGCCCUCAGUGCGACAAACGUUUCAAGAGCAAGAAAACCCAGCAGGAGCACAUCAUCUCCCACACCGGCGCCCGUCCGUACCCCUGCAGCUACUGCGGGAAGGGCUUCACCAAACCGUACGCACUGACCAGACACAACCUCAUUCACACGGGAGAGAGGCCGUUCCCCUGCGGACACUGCGAGAAGUCGUUCCUCACCCUCAGCGAGGCUCAGCUGCACCAGCGAAUUCACACGGGGGAGAGGCCAUACUCCUGCAACGUCUGCGAACUCAAAUUUAAGAGCUCGUCUGAGCUGGCACGACACAAACGCAGCCACUCAGGGCAGAAGCCUCUGAAGCCGUACUGUGAGCAGUGCAUGAAAACAUUCACGUCCAAGGCCAAGCUGAAGAAACACAUGGAGACACACAGCGAGGAGGAGGGAGCAGCACAGUCUGUGGACUCAAAUAUCUGAAUAAAUAAUAGACUGUUUCAGUGGUGAAAUUGUUUCAAGAUGUUUAAGUUUAGAUGUUUAGCUUUAUCAAAUUUUACAAGCUCUGACCAGGAGAGAGUCUACUUUAUGCAAAUUAGGAGAGAAACAUUUGUACACAGCUCUAUGAAUAUGGACAAUGAGUUUGGUUCUGUUGCAUCUUUCAACCUUGGAGGAAAUUAUUCUGAAAAAUGGAUUUUUAAAGUCGUUAAACACAAAUCAUUUUGACAUCAGUGUUUCAUAUUUCAGCUUUACUGUCUCAUCUCCACUUUGCGUUGAAGUUUGCGACAGGGAAAUUACAACUACAUUUAAAAUAGUUUGUAUUAAAUGGAAAUCACAGGUGAACACUAAUUUUCAUUAAAGAGAUAUUUCACUCCA